AUGGACACUGCUAGGCGUUGUUUUGGCAAAUUACGGCUGAAAGAGAAACCUAAACCAUCAAGUAAGAAGGAAUCUAUACCUAGUGGGAAAGAAGGGUCAAAAACACCUUUGAAUGAGGAAAUACCUUCCACUGCAACUAAGCAGAAGGUUGAGGCUGCUAAGCAGUACAUAGAAAAGCAUUACAAGGAGCAGAUGAGGAGCCUGCAGGAACGGAAGGAGCGGCGUAAUAUGCUUGAAAAGAAACUGGCUGAUUCUGAGGUCUCUGAGGAAGAGCAAAACAACAUAUUGAAGUACUUGGAGAGAAAAGAAACAGAAUAUAUGCGCCUUCAAAGGCAUAAAAUGGGCGCUGAAGAUUUUGAGCCAUUAACAGUAAUAGGAAAGGGUGCAUUUGGAGAGGUUAGAAUUUGUCGAGAAAAGUCAACUGGGAAUAUUUACGCCAUGAAAAAGCUUAAGAAGUCGGAAAUGCUUCGUAGGGGCCAGGUUGAGCAUGUCAAAGCAGAAAGGAAUCUACUGGCUGAAGUUGGCAGCAACUGCAUUGUCAAACUCUAUUGUUCUUUCCAAGAUGAGGAAUAUCUUUAUCUAAUAAUGGAAUAUCUCCCUGGUGGAGAUAUGAUGACUUUGUUAAUGCGUAAGGAUACGUUAACUGAAGACGAGGCCAGGUUUUAUGUUGGAGAAACUGUACUUGCUAUUGAAUCUAUUCACAAACAUAAUUAUAUUCAUAGAGAUAUCAAGCCUGAUAACUUGCUUCUGGAUAGAAAUGGACACAUGAAAUUGUCAGAUUUCGGAUUAUGUAAACCGUUGGAUUGCAGCAAUAUCAAUGAAAAGGAUUUUUCAGUAGGAAAUAACUAUAGUGGGGCUCUUCAAAGUGAUGGGCGCCCUGCAAAACCGAAGCGCACUCAGCAGGAGCAACUACAGCACUGGCAAAGGAACAGAAGGAUGCUUGCCUAUUCGACUGUUGGUACACCUGAUUAUAUUGCUCCAGAAGUUUUGCUUAAGAGAGGAUAUGGAAUGGAAUGUGAUUGGUGGUCUCUCGGGGCUAUCAUGUAUGAAAUGCUUGUGGGAUAUCCACCUUUCUAUUCAGAGGAACCUCUGUCUACGUGUAGAAAGAUAGUAAACUGGAGAACUCAUUUAAAAUUUCCGGAAGAGGCAAAGAUAUCGCCAGAAGCAAAAGAUCUUAUCCGCAAGCUCUUAUGUAAUGUAGAGCAGAGGCUUGGAACAAGAGGCGCUGAUGAAAUUAAGGCUCACCCAUGGUUCAAAGGCAUUGAAUGGGAUAAGUUGUAUCAAAUGAAAGCUGCAUUCAUUCCAGAAGUUAAUGAUGAGUUGGAUACUCAAAACUUUGAAAAGUUUGAUGAGUCUGACAAUCAAGUCCCAAUGACAACAAAAUCAGGUCCCUGGAGGAAGAUGCUCUCUUCCAAGGACGUGAACUUUGUGGGUUACACCUAUAAGAACUUUGAAAUCGUGAAUGAUCAUGAAGUUCCUGGAAUUGCCCAAUUGAAGAAGAAGAGCACCAAACCAAAGAGACCUACUGUGAAGUCCCUUUUCAAUGAAGAAUUGAAUUCAACUUCCGCUCAACCUGCACAAGGAAGUUUUCUCAAUCUGCUACCUCCCACAUUGGAAGAUCCUAAAAGCGGGGAAGCAAUCAAGAAGGGUUUUUACAGAGCCUUGGGGCCAUAUCUUAAGCCCAUACGCUUUAAAGAGAUUACUCUCCACGUACCCAAUUACGCUUCUGCCUCUUUCGCUCUCAAGUUCAAAAUGCAGGCAAGUGACAGGUUCAAUAUUAACUCGCAGCUCGAGCAUUUACAAGCUAAAUAUGUGGGUACAGGGCACGCCGACAUGAAUCGAUUUGAGUGGGCGGUGAAUAUUCAACGCGAUAGUUACGCUUCGUAUGUUGGGCAUUAUCCGAUGUUAGCCUACUUUGCUGUAGCAGAAAAUGAAUCAAUUGGGAGGGAGCGCUACAAUUUCAUGCAGAAAAUGCUUUUGCCCUGUGGUCUUCCUCCCGAGAGAGAAGAUGACUGA